AUGGCAGAGUACAUAAGGACUGUGUAUUUGACACUAAUGCUGCUGUAUUCAGUUCUGCUGAGUACAGCUCACAAAGCACACAGUGUUUACCCAAGGAUACGGCUCUCCCACAAAGAGCUUUUACAGCUAAACAGGACUUGGGUGUUUCAGGGGCAUGGAACAGCUCUUCAGCCCCAGACCAUGCUGCUGGAUGAGGGCCAUGAAAGGCUUUAUGUGGGGGCCAAGAAUUCUCUGUUCUCCCUAAGUCUGGACCGGGUUAACACACACCACCGAGAGAUCCAGUGGGCCAGUACUGAAUCUCAGAUAGAGGAAUGUUUGAUGAAGGGGAGGGAAAAGCCGGAGUGUGCAAAUUACAUCAAGGUCUUACAGCAGUACAACCAGACCCAUUUACUGGUCUGUGGAACAGGAGCUUUUAACCCCAUCUGUACCCUGGUCAGGGUGGGACACUCAGGACAGGAUAGGAGGUUUACUGUUCAAGAGGAAAGUAUCACAAGUGGCAGAGGACGUUGUCCGUAUGACCCCAACAGUCCCUGCACAUCUACACUCUCCAGAGGAGAACUGUAUAUUGGCCUGUACACUGACUACUGGGAGAAUGAUGGAGCUUUGUGUCGACUUAACAACCAGACGUUCACACGCACUGAGAGAGAUGACAGGCAACAACUCAAUGAACCUAAAUUUGUGGGGUCAGCAGUUAUCCCAGACAAUGACGACAGGGAUGAUGAUAAAGUUUACUUCUUCUUCACUGAACGAGAUAUGGAUGCUGAGGGGACAAACAAGGCUGUCUAUACCCGCGUUGGACGAGUCUGUGUGAAUGACCAGGGAGGACAGAGAAUGCUGGUGAAUAGAUGGAGCUCUUUUCUGAAAACUCGUCUCAUUUGCUCUGUGGCUGGACCCAGUGGCAUUGACACACACUUUGAUAAUCUUGAGGAUGUCUUUGUGCUCAGAAACAAGGAUGAGAAAAACCCAGAAAUCUUUGGCCUAUUCAGCACAACAAGUGCUGUCUUUAAAGGCUAUGCUGUGUGUGUCUAUCACAUGGAGGACAUCAGAGCAGCUUUUAAUGGUCCAUUUGCCUACCGAGAGAGGCCUGAGCAUCGCUGGUCACCUUACGAGGACAGAGUCCCCUACCCACGACCUGGAUCUUGUGCCAGUAAAGUGAACAGCGGUGGCUUCUCCAGCUCAAAGGACUUUCCUGAUGAGGUUUUGCGGUUUGUGCGCUCUCAUCCUGUGAUGUAUCGUGCAGUCCUUCCCCAGCAUCAUAGACCUGUUUUGCUGCAGACAGAACCAGGCAGGAGAAAGCUGACCCAGAUUGCAGUAGACAGGGUCCAAGCCCAGGAUGGACACUACCAUGUCCUUUACAUCGGCACUGAUGACUCAGUGGUGUUGAAAGUUAUCACCAUCUACAACAAAGACACAGACACUAUGGAGGAGGUGCUGCUGGAAGAGCUGCAAGUAUUCAAGGUGCCUGCACCAAUAAAAGAGAUCAUAAUAUCACCAAAAAGGCAACAGCUGUAUGUAGGGUCAGAAGUGGGUGUGGCCCAGAUCAGACUGCAUCAGUGUGACCUCUAUGGCUCAGAAUGUGCUGAUUGUUGUCUGGCCAGAGACCCCUACUGUGCUUGGGAUGGUCUCACCUGCUCCAGAUACUACCCUGCUGGAGUCUACACAAAGAGCAGACGAUUCAGGCGGCAGGAUGUUCGUCAUGGCAACGCCGUCCAGCUGUGCAAUGGAAUGCAAAUUGAUGAUGAAAAAUGGCACAGAGCCGAGGAGAGGCUGGUGUACGGUGUCGAGAGCAACAGCACUUUACUUGAGUGCGUUCCUCGAUCACUUCAGGCCAAAGUCCUCUGGUUCUUACAGAAAGGAAGAGAGAAACAAGAGGUUCGAGGUGAUGAACGGGUUAUCAUGACCUCCCACGGGCUGCUUUUCUUACGUGUGAGAACCUCUGAUGCUGGUGUGUAUGUGUGCCAGACAGUGGAACAUGGAUAUGUGCACACAUUAUUACGUAUCACUCUACACGUGCUGAAAGGGGAGAGGGUGGAAUCAGCAAUCCACAGAGCUAAUGAUGGAGAGGUAGAAAAAACUGGAGCUUCAUGCCACCCCCCCUUUGGCCCCCUACCAGGACCUAGCAUCAGCCCCAGGGCUCUAGUGCCAUCCUUGGUCCCAGGCCCCCACUCCAGGCUGUGGUACAAGGAGUUCCUCCAGCUGAUUGGCUAUGGGGAUGCCCAGAGAGUAGAAGAGUACUGUGAGAGAGUGUGGUGCUCAGAUAAAAAACGUAAAAAGACCAAAAGAAGAUAUGUUCCCCUGGGUGGCGAGAAGAGAGGGAAAGGGAGGGGAGAAGAGAACUCCCACAGAGCACCCAGGCACACAUUGGACACCUGA